AUGGACUGUAGCCCAGGAUCGAAGCCCUGCUUGGGCCAUCUAAUCCAAGCAGUUGUAGUCUUCCUGUCGUUGUUGGGGCUACGUGGUUUCGACCUGAAGUACUGUGGGAUGCACCCCAAACACCAAAGCGGGAAGGACGUGACCGAUGGCCAUCAUGCCUUACCUGGAACAUGGCCUUGGCUCAUCAGCAUCCAGAUCUACACUCCCAAGGGACCAAAGCAUUCUUGUGAUGGCGCCGUAGUUGAUGUUCGAUGGAUCCUCACCGCAGCACACUGUUUCAGUGCAAAGGAAAACUCUCUGAAAGUUUGGAAGAUCGUGUUGGGUGCCACAGAUCUUUCUCGAUUGCCGGACAUAGCCCAGAUACGCUCAAUAAAACGAAUCGUCUUCCACCAGGAUUACAACCCAUCCACAAAGAUCAAUGACGUUGCGUUGAUAGAACUGGACCAUCCUGUGACUUUCAAUGACUACGUGCAGCCCAUCUGUUUGCCGCUGGUCAGCUUGGACUCUGAAGCCUUCUCCAUCUGUUACGUCAGUGGCUGGAACUCAAGCGGUAUCUCCGCCGUAGUGUAUGAAGCCAGAGCAAACAUUCUCGAGACGAUGACAUGCAACGGCAGCGAGUGGUACCACGGGGGAAUGAAUCCGCACACGCUCUGUGCAAGUUUGAAGGACAAGGAUGACCACUUUUGCCAGGGACACGGUGGAGGGCUUUUAAUGUGUAAAACAUUGCCGAAGUCCCCAUACUACAUAGUUGGAAUUUCCAACUUGGAGAAGGAUUGUGACAAGGUAGAGUACCCCAAAAUUUACACCUCCGUUCAGCAGUUCCUGGAAUGGAUUUCCAGAAAGAUGAGAAGCGAAGAGAUCCCAAAGGAGAAACUAGACCAUAAUACUGAGGACAGCAGCUCAACUUCAAUCACCGAAGUCCCUAAGGAUACACUUGUCAUAGAACCGCCAUUCAUCCCUCAAGAAACGGUUCCCACUCUUCUAGAACCUCCGUAUGUGCCAGAAGAAACAACUCCUUCACCUCCAGUGUCUCCUUUUAUUCCUACAGAGACAAAAUUAAUUCUGGAGCCUCCAUCGGUUGACAAGCCAAGUCACUCGGGACCCAAAUCAGUUGAUAGCUCAAUGCAAUAUCCCUUUCUAAACACAACUGUUUUGCCCCCCGAGUAUGUUCCUCCAGAAGCAGAAGUCACUCUGGAACCCCCAUAUAUCCCUCUAGAGACCCCUGGUCAUCUAGAGGCUCCGUACAUCCCUCCAGAGACAUUUGUCUCCGUGGAACCUCCAUACAUCCUUCUGGAAACCACUGCUGCUCUAGAACUACCAUAUACUCCCCAGGAGACUACAGUUCCUCUGGAACUUCCAUAUACCCCCACGGAGACUUCUGUUCCUCUAGAAAAUCCAUAUAUACCUUCAGAGACCUCGGCUACUCUAAAACCACCCUAUGUACCUGAGGAAAUCCCUCCAUCUCUUGAGGCACCCUACAAUUCUCCAGAGACUUAUCCUACUCUAGAACUUCCAUACACACCUCCAGAAACUCCUGCUACUCUAGAACCCCCAUACACACCCACAGAAGCUCAUGCUUCUCUAAAACCUCCAUAUAUACCCCCAGAAACUCCUGCUAAUCUAGAACCUCCAUACACACUUCCAGAAACUCCUGCUCCUCUAGAACCUCCCUACACGCCUCCAGAAACUUCUGCUCCUCUAGAACCUCCCUACACACCUCCAGAAACUCCUGCCCCUCUAGAACCUCCAUACAGACCUCCAGAAACUCCUGCUCCUCUAGAACCUCCAUACACACCUCCAGAAACUCCUGCCCCUCUAGAACCUCCAUACACACCUCCAGAAACUCCUGCUCCUCUAGAACCUCCAUACAAACCUCCAGAAGCUCAUACUUCUCCAAAACCUCCGUAUAUAGCCCCAGAAACUCCUGCUCCUCUAGAAACUCCAUGCAUACCUCUAGAAACUCUAAACACAUCUCCAGGAAAUCCUGCUCCUAUAAACCCUCCAUGCAUCUCUCCAUACAUACCCCCAGAAACUCCUGCUCCUCUAGAAUCUCCAUUCAUAUCUUCAGAAUCAUCUACUCCCUUAGAGCCCCCAUAUAUCCCCCUGGAAAUCCCACUCCCACCAGAACAGCCAGAGACCCCUGCUCCUCAAGAAAAUCCUGUUCCUCUAGAAUUUCCUCCACUCAAGACUCAAGAACAUUAUUCUAAAGACCACUACUUCUCUGGACCUGUCCUAUAUUCUUCAUGAUCCUCCUAUUAUUCCUUCAGCGACCAGCAAGAUGGAGCCUCCGUAUAUUUCUCCAAGAUGUCUCAAAGACUUCUCCGUCCAUUGAGCAACUAUAUACUCCCACCAGCGUAUCCAUACUUUCCUCCAGAUACAUCUGACUCUCUGGAAGAAAGAUGACCAUUCCCCCCCCUAGAAAUCUUGCUCAACUGACCACCCGUCAUCCAACAUAUUCUUCAAAUAGUGCUUGAGAGACAACUGCUCCCCAUGUGCUCCAGAGGAACAUUGUCAAAAUGAGGUUCCAGAUGUUCCUUUCUGGUUCAGACCUCUCCAGAGGCAGCUGUCCAUCUUGAGUGGCCACACUGUCUCCCCAGAACCCUUUCUACGUUUUAGAGUAACCAUGUACGGUGUUUGCUUCUGCAUCCCUUAACGACUCCUCUGCUGUUCCAGAAUUCUUAAAACACCUCCAGGAAACAAGAACCAUGAUAGAUACCAUAAACGUUAGUUAUAUUUUGGAACACGUAGGUUUUAUUUAUUUGUUUAAUUGAUUUAAUUGAUUAUUUAUUUAUUUAUUAAACUGCUCUAUCCUCA